AUGUCCGAUCCCAGAUUUUUAGAUAUCCCAGCUGUGAUCUUCGACAACGGAUCCGGAUUGUGCAAGUCUGGCAUUGCUGGAGAUAGCGCUCCGAGAUCAGUCAUCACAGCCAUCGUGGGCCGUUCGAAAGCCAAAGCCACGAUGCUCGGAGCAGGCCAAAAAGAAUAUUACAUUGGAGAAGAAGCUCAGUCCAAACGGGGUGUUUUAUCGUUGAAUUAUCCCAUCGAUCACGGCAUUGUGACCUCCUGGGACGACAUGGAACGGAUCUGGAGGCACGUUUACGAUUGCGAGUUGAGGCUCAAGUCCAGCGAGAGGCCAGUGUUGCUGACCGAAGCCCCACUGAAUCCCCUCCAGAAUCGGGAGAGGAUGACUCAGAUCAUGUUCGAGAACUUCAAGGUCCCAGCCAUGUACGUGGCCGUCCAAGCCACCCUGGCGCUCUAUGCAUCGGCACGUACCACUGGCAUAGUCAUGGAUAGCGGAGAUGGGGUCACCCACACGGUUCCUAUCUAUGAAGGGUACUGCUUGCCCCACGCGGUCUCCAGGUUGGACGUUGCUGGAAGGGAUAUCACUGAAUACUUCAUGAGGCUUCUUCUCGAGAGCGGGCAUUCCUUCGUCAGCACGGCCGAAAGAGAAAUUGUGAAGGACAUCAAGGAGAAGCUGUGUUAUGUAGCGUUGGAUCCCAUCCAAGAAAUGAAAACUAAGCCGGAGUAUCUCCUCAGAGAGUACAAGUUACCCGACGGAAACGUCAUCCAAAUCGGGAGUCAACUCUUCCGAGCUCCGGAAGCCCUUUUUGCUCCCACCGACAUCGGCAUUGACGCACCGGGCGUCCACCGAAUGAUCUUCAACAGCAUCAUGAAAUGCGACAUUGACGUCCGACGAGAUCUUUACGGCAACGUCCUCCUUUCGGGGGGAUCGACGUUGUUCUGCGGGCUGGAUGAGCGCAUCUUGCAAGAGAUGCAACUUCAGGUACCUCUGGGGAUAUCAGUGAGGAUCAUCGCUCCUCCGGAAAGGAAGUAUUGCGUGUGGAUCGGGGCCUCCAUAUUGACUUGCUUAACGGCGUUCAGACAGAUGUGGGUCACCUUGAACGAUUACCAUGAAUUUGGACCUGCCGUGGUGCACCGGAAAUGUUUUUAGGAACAAUCGUCUCCUUUUCGAGCAGGCACGUGGCGAACUGGUACAACCGGGCAGAGAACCCCUUGCUAAAAAACCGCCGUCAUUAUUGACAACGGGUCCGGGCUCUGCAAAGCGGGCUUUUCUGGGGAGGAGGCUCCCAGGACCACGGUGGCUACUGUUGUCGGCUACCCAAAGUCCCGCGCGAUCAUGUUUGGCCCCGUUCAGAGAACGUGUUACGUGGGCAAGGAAGCCCAAGCCAAGAGAGGGAUCUUAUCUUUUAAAUACCCAGUGGAACACGGGAUAGUGACCUCCUGGGAUGAUAUGGAGAAGAUCUGGAGAUACAUCUACAGGCACGGACUCAAGGUAAGAGCCAAGGAGAGGCCCGUGCUGUUGACCGAAGCACCCAUGAACCCAACAUCCAACCGAGAGAAGAUGACAGAGAUUAUGUUCGAGCGUUUCCAAGUCCCGGCGAUGUUUGCAGGCCUUCAAGCUUUGAUGGCCUUGUACGCUUCUGCCCGUACCACAGGGUUGGUUUUAGAUAGCGGCGCCGGAGUCACUCUGACUGUCCCCAUCUACAAAGGCCACUGCUUGCUCCAUGCCAUCUCCAGGAUGAAUUUCGCGGGACGGGACAUCACCAGGUAUCUCUCGACCCUCCUGUUGGAGAGCGGGCACAACUUUUUGAGCUCUGCCGAGAAGGAGAUUGUGAAGGACAUCAAGGAGAACCUGUGCUAUGUGGCUCUGGAUUCAAGUCGCCCAAAAGACAAAGUGCCCGUCCGUGAAUACACGCUCCCGGACGGCAGGCCUGUCGAGAUCGGAGACCAGCUCUUCCGAGCUCCCGAAUCCCUGUUUAACCCGACGGAUGCCGGCGUUACGGCACCGGGGAUCCACCAAAUGAUCGCCGAGACCAUCUCCAAAUGUGAAGGAAGCAUCCGCCAGGACCUCUGGAGAAGCCUCAUUGUAGCAGGAGGAUCUACCCUGUUUCCAGGUCUCAGCGAACGUCUUCUCAAAGAGCUAAGAAGUCUAGGCCCUCACGGCUUGCCGACCAAGCUGGAAGCCCCGGCGAACCGUAUACAUUCCGUCUGGAUUGGCGCGUCGGUGCUUACCAGCUUGCCUUCGUUUCAGGACAUGUGGGUCACGCAGAAAGAAUACAGAGAGGUUGGCUCCACGGUGCUGCAGAAGAAAUGCUUCUGA